AUGGGUGGAUUCGGAGGAAAGUCAUUUGCCGGAGGCCGCAAAAGCCUCAGAGUCGCCGUCGCUGGGGACAAAGGAACCGGGAAAUCCAGCCUGAUCUCGGCCGUCGCCUCUGAAACUUUCCCGGAUAACGUCCCGCGCGUCCUUCCUCCGACUACUCUCCCCGCUGACGCUUACCCUGACCAUAUACCUAUCACCAUCAUCGAUACUCCCUCAAGCAUUGACAAUAGGAUUAAGCUCAUUGAAGAAUUCAGGAAGGCUGAUGUGGUGAUUCUGACAUAUGCUUGUGAUCAGCCUUCGACUCUUGAUCGCCUGAGUUCUUAUUGGCUCCCUGAGCUCCGUCGGCUAGAGAUCAAAGCACCAGUCAUCGUGGUGGGCUGCAAGCUUGAUUUACGGGAUGAACGCUCUCCCGCCAGACUAGAAGAUAUAAUGGCUCCAAUCAUGAAGGAGUACAGAGAGAUUGAAACCUGUAUAGAGUGCUCUGCAUUGACCCUUAUUCAGGCCCCUGAUGUCUUCUAUUAUGCAUUAAAAGCUGUCCUUCAUCCAACAUUUCCGUUGUUUGAUCAAGAAAAACAUUGUUUAAAACCUCGCCUCCGCAGGGCAGUUCAAAGAAUAUUCAACCUUUGUGAUCAUGAUUUGGAUGGUGCCCUUAAUGACGCGGAGUUGAAUGAUUUCCAGGUAAACUGUUUUGGUACCCCACUUGACCCUGUUGAACUUAUGGGAGUUAAGAGAGUGGUACAAGAAAGGCAACCAGAUGGAGUUUCUGAUCUUGGUCUUACACUUCCGGGUUUCCUUUUUCUUUUUUCUCUUUUCAUUGAGAGAGGUCGUCCUGAGACGGCAUGGACUAUCCUAAGGAAAUGUGGUUACAAUGAUUGUUUAGAACUCAACACCGAGUUACUACACGUUCCGGCAAAGCAUUCUCCUGAUCAGAGCAUCGAGCUAACAAACGAAGCUAUGGACUUUCUGAGUGGAAUCUUCCAGUUGUAUGACCUUGAUAAUGAUGGAGCCUUACGGCCAGCUGAGCUAGAUGAUUUGUUUCAAACAGCUCCAGAUAGUCCUUGGCUUGAGGCUCCUUAUAAAGAUGGUGCAGAGAAAACGCCAGGCGGAAAUUUAACAGUCAAUGGGUUUCUGUCUGAGUGGACCCUAAUGACUCUAGUGGAUCCUCGAAAAAGUUUGGCAAACCUGAUAUAUAUCGGUUAUGGUCACGACCCAGCUUCAGCAUUCUCUGUUACUAGGAAAAGAUCAGUGGAUCGUAAGAAGCAGCGAACAGAAAGGAAUGUGUUUCAGUGCUUUGUAUUUGGGCCACAAAAAUCUGGAAAGUCUGCACUCCUCGAUGCUUUCUUAGGAAGGAAAUUUUCGGACAGCUAUAAGGCAAAAAUGGGUGAACGAUAUGCAGCAAAUGUCGUUGAUCAGCCUGGGGGUAGUAAGAAAACCCUCAUAUUGAGGGAAAUACCAGAAGACAGAGUGAAAAAUUUUCUGGGAAAUAAGGAGUCGUUGGCAGCAUGUGAUGUUGCUGUGGUUGUCUAUGACAGCUCGGAUGUGUACUCAUGGAAAAAAGCGAGGGAGAUAUUAAUGGAGGUAGCAAGGAGGGGAGAAGAGAGCGGUUAUGGUUGCCCUUGUCUUGUUGUUGCCGCAAAAGAUGAUUUGGAUCCGUAUCCAAUGUCGGUGCAAGAGUCUGAUAGGGUGUGCAUGGAAUUGGGAAUAGACGUGCCAGUGUCGCUGAGCAUGAAACUCGGGGACCAAAAUAGUCUCUACUCAAGAAUCGUGAGUACAGCAGAGAACCCUCACAUGAGCGUUCCAGAGACGGAGGCAGGAAGAAGAAGCAAGAACAUACGUCAGCUCGUGAAUAGCUCACUUUGGGUACAGCUCUUGGGUUUGCCGGCUUGGCAGCAUACCGCGCUUACUCAGCAAGGAAGAAUGCUUGAAAAAACAUUGAACGUUAUUAUUAAGACACAAAAUGCGACAGAUGUGAACUUGAUGGGAAAGCGAAAUAAAUAUAAAUCAGAUAAAACGCGAAAUGAAAAUGGACCGAACAAAAAAAUGGCGGCUUUAUCAUCUUCUUCUCUGUUUUUCUCCUCUAAAACAUCUUCUUCUCCGGUUAAUAAUAAUAGUCUCCUGAUCCCGCCAUCUCUCCACCGCUUCUCUCUCCCUUCUUCAUCUUCCUCUUUCCCCUCUCUCUCUUCUUCAUCUUCUUUGUCUUCUGCAUCUCUCUUCACCACAUUCUCUCUAAGGAGUUCUCGAAUAUCAUCAGCUCCUCAGCGAUUUACCGUUAAUGCAGAGAAGAAGAAUGUACUUAUAGUGAACACCAACAGCGGCGGUCACGCCGUCAUCGGGUUUUACUUCGCCAAAGAGCUCCUCUCCGCCGGCCACGCCGUCACCAUCAUGACCGUCGGCGAUGAAUCAUCCGACAAAAUGAAGAAACCUCCUUUCAGCCGCUUCUCCGAAAUUGUCAGCGGCGGAGGAAAGACGGUGUGGGGAAACCCGGCGGAUGUCGCGAAUGUGGUGGGAGGUGAAACAUUCGACGUUGUGCUUGACAACAAUGGCAAGGAUUUGGAUACUGUUAGGCCAGUGGUGGAUUGGGCUAAAAGCUCCGGCGUGAAGCAAUUCUUGUUCAUAAGCAGCGCCGGGAUCUACAAGUCCACCGAACAACCUCCUCACGUUGAAGGGGACGCAGUGAAAGCCGAUGCAGGUCACGUGGGAGUGGAGAAGUACUUAGCAGAAACGUUCGGGAACUGGGCCUCGUUUCGACCACAGUACAUGAUCGGCUCUGGCAACAACAAAGACUGCGAAGAAUGGUUCUUCGACCGGAUUGUGAGGGACAGACCAGUGCCAAUCCCAGGAUCCGGUUUGCAGCUAACCAACAUAUCUCACGUGAGGGACUUGUCUUCCAUGCUGACUUCAGCCGUCCACAACCCCGACGCCGCUUGCUGCAACAUCUUCAACUGCGUUAGUGACAGAGCCGUCACUCUUGACGGCAUGGCCAAGCUCUGUGCUGCCGCCGCCGGCAAAACUGUUGACAUCCUUCAUUACGAUCCUAAAGCCGUUGGGGUUGACGCCAAGAAGGCUUUUCCAUUCAGAAACAUGCAUUUCUACGCGGAGCCAAGAGCAGCAAAGGAAAUAUUAGGGUGGGAAAGUCAAACGAACCUACCUGAAGAUCUCAAGGAGAGAUUUGAAGAGUAUGUCAAGAUUGGCAGAGACAAGAAGGAGAUGAAGUUUGAGUUAGAUGAUAAGAUACUCCAAGCCCUCAAAACUCCUGUGGCCGCUUGA